CAGGGGGAAAAAAAUAAUGGCUUUGAUGUUCUCUACCAUAAUAUGAAACAUGGACAGAUAUCAACUAAAGAGCUAGCAGAUUUUGUUAGAGAAAGAGCUACAAUAGAAGAGACAUAUUCCAGAUCAAUGACAAAACUAGCGAAAUCUGCAAGCAAUUAUUCUCAACUUGGAACAUUUGCACCAGUGUGGGAUGUGUUCAAAACAUCUACAGAGAAAUUAGCAAAUUGUCAUUUGGAUCUUGUUAGAAAAUUACAGGAAUUAAUAAAGGAAGUUCAGAAGUAUGGAGAGGAGCAAGUAAAAUCUCAUAAAAAGACUAAAGAAGAAGUUGCAGGGACUCUGGAAGCAGUCCAAGCCAUUCAAAAUAUAACUCAGGCCCUCCAGAAAUCUAAGGAAAAUUACAAUGCCAAAUGUGUAGAACAGGAACGUCUGAAAAAGGAAGGAGCUACACAGAGAGAAAUAGAAAAGGCAGCUGUUAAAUCUAAGAAAGCUACAGAUACUUAUAAACUCUAUGUGGAAAAGUAUGCAUUAACAAAAGCUGAUUUUGAACAGAAGAUGACAGAAACAGCUCAGAAAUUUCAAGAUAUUGAAGAAACUCAUCUCAUUCACAUAAAGGAAAUUAUAGGAUCCUUGUCAAAUGCUAUAAAGGAAAUUCAUUUACAAAUAGGCCAGGUUCAUGAAGAAUUUAUAAAUAAUAUGGCUAAUACUACAAUUGAAAGUUUGAUACAAAAAUUUGCUGAGUCAAAGGGCACAGGGAAAGAAAGACCUGGCCUUAUUGAAUUUGAAGAGUGUGACCCUGCUAGUGCAGUUGAAGGCAUAAAACCAAGGAAAAGAAAGACUUUUGCUUUGCCUGGAAUAAUUAAGAAGGACAAGGAUACAGAGUCUGUGGAAUGUCCUGAUGCAGAUUCACUUAAUAUUCCUGAUGUAGAUGAAGAAGGUUAUAGUAUUAAACCAGAAACAAAUCAGAAUGAUACCAAAGAGAACCACUUCUACUCAUCCAGUGAUUCUGACUCUGAAGAUGAAGAACCAAAGAGGUACCGGAUAGAGAUCAAGCCUGUGCACCCAAAUAACCUGCACCACACCAUGGCUUCUUUGGAUGAACUAAAAGUCUCCAUAGGGAAUAUAACACUUUCUCCAGCAGUAUCUAGGCACAGUCCAGUGCAGAUGAAUCGGAAUUCAUCUAAUGAAGAGUUAACAAAAUCAAAACCAUCUUCUCUAUCCAAUGAGAAAGGAGCCAGUGAUUUCCUUGCUUGGGACCCCUUGUUUGCAUCACCUCUUGACUCAACUUCUUCAGCUUCACUAGCUUCAUCAUCGUCAGCCAGACCCACAACUCCUCUUUCUAUAGGCACCAUUGUUCCACCUCCAAGGCCUGCUUCCAGACCAAAGCUUACUUCAGGCAAACUGAGUGGGAUUACUGAAAUACCUAGGCCAUUCAGCCCACCUGUAACUUCCAACACCAGCCCACCCCCUACCGCUCCCUUAGCCCGGGCAGAGAGUUCUUCUUCUAUCUCUUCAUCUGCGUCACUGAGUGCUGCCAAUACUCCAACAGUUGGUGUGUCACGGGGUCCCAGCCCAGUCAGUCUUGGAAACCAGGACACCUUACCUGUGGCAAUCGCCCUUACAGAAUCCGUCAAUGCCUACUUUAAAGGAGCAGAUCCUACCAAGUGUAUUGUGAAGAUCACUGGAGAUGUGACAAUAUCAUUUCCAAGUGGAAUUAUUAAAGUCUUCACAAGCAACCCCUCUCCGGCUGUGCUGUGCUUUAGAGUGAAAAACAUCAGCAGACUCGAGCAAAUUCUUCCAAAUUCACAGCUUGUGUUCAGUGAUCCAUCACAGUGUGAUUCCAACACAAAAGAUUUUUGGAUGAACAUGCAAGCUGUUACUGUCUACCUCAAGAAGCUGUCAGAGCAAAAUCCAGCUGCUUCUUACUAUAAUGUAGAUGUAUUAAAGUAUCAGGUAUCAUCAAAUGGCAUUCAGUCCACUCCUCUAAAUCUUGCAACGUACUGGAAAUGUAGUGCCAGCACCACUGAUUUGAGAGUGGAUUAUAAGUAUAACCCAGAAGCUAUGGUUGCACCGAGUGUGCUUUCCAACAUACAGGUGGUGGUACCAGUGGAUGGAGGAGUCACACAUAUGCAGUCCCUUCCCCCUGCAAUAUGGAAUGCAGAACAAAUGAAAGCCUUUUGGAAAUUAUCUGGGAUUUCGGAGAAAUCAGACAGUGGAGGUUCUGGAUCUCUCAGAGCAAAAUUUGAUCUUUCAGAAGGACCUAGCAAGCCCACAACGCUUGCCGUGCAAUUUCUUAGUGAGGGAAAUACCCUCUCAGGAGUAGAUAUUGAGCUUGUUGGCACUGGCUAUAGACUUUCUUUAGUAAAGAAGCGUUUUGCCACUGGACGAUACUUGGCGGAUUGUUGAUAGACCCAGAAAGCGGUUUUCUCAAGGGAACAGUGCGAACCUGCUACUGCAUCACCUGUUCUUUCCAAACACUAUCUUUACUUGUAUGAUGACUUUCAAACUUUGUCUUUGAAAGCUGACUACAAACAUUAAAUUGCACUUUCAAAGUGAGUCAUUGAAAGAAAUAGCACUGAAAUGACCUUGUACACAAUAAUGAUCAAAUGCAAUAUUCAGGAAGCACAUGUGUUCAAAUUGUCACUAAAAUGAAGUUUAUUAUCUUCAAUAUCUGUAUUUUUAAAAAGGUUAGAAUGUAGUAACAAACCUAAAAUUUCAGGAGAGCAAGCACAAAAUUAUUUAGCUUUCCAUAUGUAUUUAGACUCAGAGAUAGCUUUGAAGUUCCAUAAGUUUGAUAUUGAAUGAAUAUAAACAGAACAUGAAUGUUAACUCAGAGCUCAAUCUAAUUGAGUUAUGUGCCAUAAGGUAAUCACACCAGAGUUCAACUUGUAUGCAUAAAAACCCUAUAAUCUGAUUCUCAUAAGCAUAUUAAUAAAGUGUAAAUGGUGUUUUAUAUGAUUUUUUAAAAUUCUCAAGUGCAAUGUGUUUUAAAAUAAGCUUGCAAAAGACAGCAGAAAAACUUCUUCUGCAGUUGAUUAACUUUAUAGAAGUUGUGAUUGUUGAUGAAUUAAUGCUGUAGAUUUAAUUUAUUUUUAUAUGGAUUACAUAAUGUGUGCCUUUUAAAACAAUAACAAAACCAGAAAUGUGCCUCUAGUCUGUGUUAAUUCAUGUGCCUCACCUUCUUCUCACGCUGGAUCUUGUAUUCAGAAUCAUACAGUGGCCAAGCAUAUUUAAAAGAUAUUUGCAAUUUUUAAAAUACUUUUGGGCUGUAAUUGGAAAGAAAAUUCAAAAUAACCAAAAGAUAAUUUAUACUUAAAAAUCCUGGCUCAUGUCUUUAAUGAUACACUGUGGCCACUAGAAAAACAAAUAAGCCUAAUGGAGUAUGUUUACUGGGAAUAAAAUUAUCUUCAGAUAUUCAGCAUUGACCUCAUAAGUAAGUGAAGUGAACAAGUGCUGAAACUGUGGUGAUAAACUGGUAACUGGUACUUUAACAGUUAAUUUAGCAUUUCCCUUGACUGUUUUUUCAAAAGAUUGAUAUUGGCAAUGAGAGAAGUACUGUCACUUGUGUUCACUUUAAUGAUUAGAAAAUGACCAAAUUCCAUAUGGUAAGAUUAUUUGAAGUAAAGGAUUGGGUUAAGUGUUUCUUAAUGUGAACUGCUCAUACUGAAUAGUAACUUUAUAGCAAUUCUGUUUGACAAAAGAAAUACAAUGUUUUAGACAAAGGCUCAUAACUUACAAGUGGAAAUUUAUGAUAAAUACCAAUGUCAUUUUUCAUAAAAGUGAUAGUUUGUGUUAUAUUUGAUAAUUUAUAUAAACCACUAAUUAUUUUGUUAAGCUUUACAAAAGAUAAAACCCCUAUUACUAGACACUAAAGUAUCUUGCUAUACUAAACACAGCAGAGAAACUAUUCUUCCACAGAAUGUAAUACAAAAUAUGUAUAUUUAUAUAUUCAUUGUUAUUCCAGUUCUAAAUUUAGGUUUGACUUAAGCAAACAUAAGGCAAUUUAUUGGAAGUUAGUCUUUACUAACUAGCAAAAUUAGAAUUUCUAACUCAAGUUCUUUAAAAUGCCAGUUACAAUUACUCUUACUAAAAUAUUGACUAAAUUUGCUUUUAUUGUACAGCUAAUGCUUUACUAUUUGAAUUCUGACAGUGCUAAAUUCACAAUGUCUGUUUUUAAUCAAGUAUUACCUUAUGUUGAAAUGAGUGGAAUGGCUAACCUUGUGCACUUUCUUAUCCCCAUAGCCUUCAUACCUAGUGUUGACAUGCAAGUUUGUAUUGGGUACAGGUUACAGUUUUAAAGCCAUAUGAGUUUAUAGUGAUUUUUUUUUUCACCCAAAAGUUCACUAAUGUUGUUUUUCAGACGCCCAGUAGAUUUCAGUGAAAGACUAUCUAGCAAGCUGGUUCUUGCUGUGUACAGUAACGACUUUGUAGCUGCUUCUUUAACCAGGAAUUUGUAAACAAACUCUUAACAAGUUUGGCUUUUAAGGAGUGUUAUUUACUACUUUGGGUUGUAAUUUGAGCACAUCUAUCUUCCAAAAUUUUGUAAAUAUUUUCGAUUUUUUUUCAUAAAAUGUAAAUUUUACAUAAAAGUUGUAUCCCUAAUAAACAUGUAAUAUAUACUUUA